AUGGUUUCUCUGUCACUUCUCGCACCUUCUUCCAAGGUCGCCUCUGCGCUGGUUCUCGUCCUCGGACUGGCUGACAUGUGCAAUGCGGCGGUCCAGUGCGACAUCAUCACCAGCGUGAACUGCGGCAAGGCCAAGCACCACAUGGGCCACAAGCUGCCUACCAACGUCGGCUCGACAUACUACGUGGACGGCUUCCACGGUGGUGUCAUGAACGCAAAGUUCCAGUCCAUGGUCAACUCCGUCCCGGGCAACUCUGAAUUUGUCGACCUGACGUACAACUUCAACCUUGGCAACUACGACAAGGCGUACUGGGUCCUUCUUCCCACGUCCUUUGGUGGUGCCAACGAGUGCUUCGCUGUUUACAAGAACUGCGAUGUCACAAUCAGGUUCUGGGACAAGAAGGACCCUCUUCCCAACUGGUACACCCUGGCAUAA